AUGCUCGUCAAUUCACUCCUCAUAGCCAGUGCCUUCAUGGCAACCAGCAUCUAUGCCUGGAAUAAAGACGUCCAUCAACAAAUCGGUCAUGCCGCAGAACACCUUCUGACCCCCUCCACAAAGUCCAUUCUCUACCAAAUACUCGAGCCCCACUACAACAACAGCAUCGGCCUCGCAGCAGCAUGGGCAGACGACUACGCUCACACCCCCAAAGGCGCUUUCAGCUACCAAUGGCACUGGAUAGAUUCUGCAGACGACGCUCCUCGCUACUGUAAUGUUUACUAUCACCGUGAUUGCUCAGCAGGCGGUUGCGUGGUUUCUGCUAUAGCAAAUCAGACGCAGAUUCUAAAGUCUUGUAUAGACAGAGUCAAGGCUGGUGAGCUGCUGAAUGGAGAGGAUACAACUUGUUCGCAGGCAUUGAAGUGGGUAGUGCAUUUCCUGGGCGAUAUCGCACAGCCUUUGCACGCUUCGGGGCGCAAGGCGGGAGGCAAUGGCAUCGAAGUUGUAUUCGGGAACAAGACUACCGAGUUACAUGCUGUCUGGGAUGGCUACAUACCCUACGCCGACGCGAACGUCACAAGUUUCCCCAAUACAACCAUCCACCCUUUCUUCUCAAACCUCCUCUCCCGCAUCCACGCUGACGACUUUGACCUCCCCACUUCGGAAUGGAUGGCCUGCUCCAAUCCCUCCAGAGCUCUAGAAUGCGCACUAAACUGGGCUCGCGACAGCAACGCCUUGAACUGCGAUUACGUCUAUGCAAAAGACAUCGAUGGUGUGGAUUUGGCGACAAGUGGGUAUGCGAGUGGUGCGUUCCCUAUCGUGGAGUUGCAGACGAGUAAAGCGAUUUUGCGGUUGGGGACUUGGUUGAAUGGAUUGGUGGAUGGCCAAGGCAGUCAUGCUCAAAGUCUUGUGGUACAGACGGAUCCGAGUUGGUCGAUGGAUUCUGAUCGUGGCGAGUAG